CCACUAUUGAACAGAAAGAUAAAAGCACAGAAAAGAUAACUCUGCAGGCGUGCUUAAGCAACAGAAAGAUAACUCUCAGGAUUGACCGAAACCUCGAAAAGUUCGCAGUGAUAUUGAACUAGAACAUUGGGUUUAUAGAAUGGUGUCCGUAACUAGAUUCUGUAGUCUAAUAACAAGAAAUGUUCGCACUGCUUUAAGAGCAAGUGUCAGACACUAUGAUCCUGAAACAGGCGGAGAAGAGUUUAAAGCAACAUCAGUUACAAUGUUAAGCAAAGAAGACGACGAAAAUAUUUAUGUCGAGGCCUACAGCACGUUAGGGUUUAAACUCAGCAGUGGUUUUCGCAUCAUUGGCCCCUGCAUUCUCUUUCCACGUUCAAUUCUGCACUGGGGGAUUGCCGGUGCUCAAGAUAUCAAUGAGAAGUCACUCAGUCUGUUUCCUUUACUGGAACCAAAACUGGACAUCUUGAUCCUGGGAAUAGGUGACUAUGGAACGAAAUAUGACAAGAACAUCAUCAAGUAUUUACGUUCACACAGGAUUAAUGUGGAGAUUCUCCCAACGGACCAGGCAUGCGCAACUUUUAACUUCCUCAACGCCGAGCGACGGGUCGUGGCAGCUGCUCUUGUGCCGCCUAGCUAUAUGCACUUGGAGAAUGACGAGGACCUGAUCGUGCGCGCCCAGCUAGAACAGCAGCAGGAACUUUUCGGGAUAGAACACACGUCGUCCUUCGAGAACGCCCCUGGCGAGUUAGCCCCUCAACUGGAAUACCUCAAAAAGGAGCUUCUUCCGAAACUGGGCUUUCCACUAAAUGAAAAUCAGUCGGAAAAGAAAAACCUCGAUCAAGAAAAUUCAAAGGAAAAGAGAUGAUGGACAAUACUAGCAAGUUCUUUGGUUUGACUGUCAUGUACCUAGAGGCUGAGUGACUUCAUAGUGUUGCUUGGGGGAGGGAAGGGGUAUCGGUAUCGGAUGGAGAAAUAUUGGAUGCUGCUGUAACAUUAUUUAGACGUUGGAAAAUAUAAAAAAUAUAAUUAUUA